AUGGACAUCUUCAACUCCAUGAAGGACUCCUCGCUCAAGAACGUUAGGAAAGUUACAAUCAUUGCUGCCAUCAUUGCCACCUUUCUGUAUGGAUUUGUUGGGUUUAUGGGCUUUAGAGCAGUUGGAACUGGUGUUGGAGGCGAUCCAGUCAUCUUCCACUUUGGCUCCUCAUCUCCAAUUGUCGAGAACUUGACCGAGAGGUAUGGCAUAUACCUUGGCAACUACCUUCCAAAGGCUCUCUACACCAUGUUCUGCCCGAUAUUCUUCAGCGGUAUCAUAUUCAACAUGUUUGUCAUCAUCCCCAUCCUGCAGAAGUGGUUCUCGCUCAAGGGCAGGACACCCUCCCGUGCAGUCGUUACACUUGCACUGUGUGUCUUUCUCUUUGCCACCGCCAUUGUGCCAAUCAGUGGCCUGGGCUCUGUGAUUUCGAUUAUUGGAUUCCUGCUAACAACUCCGCUGUCGUUCAUGUAUCCAGCGCUGUUUGUGUUGUUUACGCCAUCCAGGUCGGGCAUCAUGAAGAUUGGAUCAGGGAUUGUGGUAGGACUUAGCAUUGCCAUAAUGGUUGGACUCACCGCCAUGAAGAUUGUUGAUUUGAGUAGCUUGAAGGUCUCACCCGAGCAGGUGGUCUUCAAUGGAAACUCGACAAUUGCAAACACAACAUCUACCUAG